AUGGCGGGGGUAGCUUGCUCAGAGACCCGUGAUUCCCGAAGCCAGGACGAUUGGGGUCCUCCAAGCCAGGCUGGCCUGGAAGGAAGAUGGGUUCCCCCUGGGGAGGAGGGCUACCGUCUCCUGAAGGAAUAUUCCAGUGCCUUCAUGGUCUCCCAGGUUCUCUUCGCCGCCUGUGAGCUGGGAGUCUUUGACCUUCUGGCCGAGGCCCCGGAGGCCCUGGGCUCGGCUGCAGUGGCUGCACGUCUGGGCGUCAGCUCCCGAGGGACAGAGCUACUGCUGGACGCCUGUGUGUCCCUGAAGCUGCUUCAAGUGGAAGUGAGGAGAGAAAAAGCUGUGUAUGAAAGCACAGAGCUCGCCAGCACCCACCUGGCCAGAGCCAGCCCCAAGUCCCAGCAGGACAUGCUGCUGUACACGGCCAGGACCCCCUACCUGUGCUGGGGCCACCUGGCCGCGGCUGGCAGAGACGGGAAGAACCAGUAUCUGAAGGCCUUUGGGGUUCCCUCCGAGGAGCUCUUCACUGCCAUCUACAGGUCACGCCAAGUCCAAGGCGAGAGGCUGCAAGCCGUGCGGGGCCUGCAGGACGAGUGGAGGCUCGGAGGGCCGAGGGUGGUGGCUGCCUUUGACCUGUCACCCUUCCCGCGCAUCUGUGACCUCGGAGGUGGUUCCGGGGCUCUGGCCAAGGCAUGCAUGUCUCUGUACCCGGGGUCUCAGGUCACCGUGUUUGACAUCCCGGACGUGGUCCAGAUGGCAAAGAGGCACUUCUCAUUCCCGGAGGAUGAACGGAUCGGCUUCUGUGAAGGAGACUUCUUUAAGGACCGCCUUCCGGAGCCGGAUCUGUGCAUCCUGGCCAGGGUCCUGCAUGACUGGACAGAUGAGAAGUGUUCACACCUGCUGGGGAGAACAUAUCAAGCCUGCAAGACAGAGGACUACGGACACAGCUGGGGAAAGGACCUGGGAAAGAAGACAGGGGUGUGUGUGGAUGCGGUGGGAAUCAGGACGCAGGGCCCGUCCGGCAGGAGUGGGAGCUCCCGAAACCCUAGGAGCUUCCCGAGUGACGCAGGCGCGAGGAGCAUCCUGCGACCCUCGGAACGAGCCCCGCCCCGCCUGAGUCUGCGCGGAGGCGUAGCCCUGGGAGGCGCGGGCCGGUUGCCCCGAGGAACCAGCCACGUGACGAGAGGAGGGGUUCCGAGAGCUCCCGGGUCGGGGAACCCGUCCGCGCGUGGGGAGAGUGACGCCCCCCAAGCUCCGCGGGGACGGAAGCUGCGGCGCUCGGGGCCCUCCCGGGCCUCGCCGUCCACCGCUCUCUCUGGCUGUUGGUCCCUUUCUGCUACACGGGUCACAGCUGGUUUUGCCUCGUCCUUUCCCACCGAGUUUGCCAUGUGGUGUGCGGUUAGCGAUGCUGCAAGCUCACGGAUGUGUGUACUGGGUGUUUCCUCAAUCCUUAUUUUAGUUCAAGAUUUCAAGCAAGAAGAGACCAUAACGCUGGCAGGCUUCUAGGUGCUGGGACACAGCAGUGAUCAAGACAGACAAAAGCAUCAACUCAA